AUCACCUGCAGCUUGAGAGAGGAAGCCAUGGCAGAAAUUCUCGAGCGCAUCAACGAACUCAAGAUUCUCCCGCAAGAACUGCACCUGUUCUGUCCACGCACGGGGCCCGACGAUGGAGAGAUAUUUUUCGACGAAGACGUCGCCAACAUCGAAGCUGACAAUAGCCCCGAAGCAAUUCGUCAACGCCGCGAUAAGGUGGAAGAAGCCGAGAAGAGGAAAUGGGUCGCAUUGGAGGCCCUGCAGAUCCUGGCCUUCGAUGGAGAUGAGGCCACUCCGCACAAAAAUUGGCUGCUGGACAAAUUGAAUGGCAUAAUGACGAGCUGCGAUGUCUGCGUGCGAGUGUUCCACGCAACCCGAGCGGACUGGAAAGCUCGGCUUGUGGAGAAUUUCGACGAAGAUAUGGUGCAUGAAUUUCUACGCGUGGUCGAUAAUCAUUGCCUGGAGCGCAUACAGCGGGGCUUGGGCGAGGCCGAUUCCGUGCUACAGAAAGCUGAUCCUAAGCAGCGUGGUGUUCGGUUACUACCUUUCGAAGCAACAUAUGCUUUUUUUGAAGGGUUGAGUUGCGACGCUCUCAUACGGAACGAGGAGCUCUUACAGCGUUAUUUUGAUACGCCCUUCAAGCUCGUACAAACAAAGAAACGUCUAAAACUCCAAACAUAUCUUCCCGCAAUGAGUCGCUUUCUCUUCUCUAGGAACGAAACACGCCAGCAAUGGGCGGCUGCAUCUUGGGGCACCUUCAAGCGGAACAUACUCAGGUCAGAAUUUGAGUGGACGGUGCGAGACCAUCUAGUGGAUGCCAUGAUGAAGGUUCAAAUGAAUAACCUCGAUUUGCCUUUUGUGGCCCCGUUCUGGCGUGGCGUUUCACUCAUCAUCAGAAAGUCGGACAAGGAUGUGAUCACCAAUUGCAUACGGGGUUUGGAUGGCAACUUUUACCGCUUGCUUCUCGAACAUUUAUCGUUGGACUCGGAGGGUUUCCUGGACUUGAUCGUGACCGUGAAGCUUCUCCUAGAAAAAUCUCCCACGGAUUUCUGGGAUGCGAUGGACGCUAUGACCGCACCAGCAGCCACAGUGAUAGAACAAGUAUUCAACAGCCCUCUCCUACAAUCGAUUUUGCGUGCCGCUUCCAGGGAGAACGGACAGGACAUAUCAAACCUCAACGAAGCCUUCAGCUGGGUCGCACCUUUCCUCGCCUCCAUCAAACCAACAAAUCUGACGCCAGCGGUGAGGGCAUUUGCAAAUGCCUUGCUUGAUCGUUUGCAAUCCGAGCACUUCUCACCCACUUCGCGAGCAUAUUGCUUCAAGGAGGGUCUGCGAGUCCUUGAUUACGCUUUCAAAAGGAUGUGUGAGGGCAAGCAAAGCCAUAACUUCGUGGGACAGCCAACGGUCAACGCAAUGCUCCAGGUUCUCGAAUCCCAUAUCCAACUGGUGGUUACGCGCCUCAAACAAUUAAGAGGCCCAGAAACCGGCGAAGAUUUACAUCUCGCCCUUUCAAUGAUCCAGCAUGCCUUCACUUUGGAGUCGCUUUCCAUGAGCGUUGAAAGGCAGCUCAUACAAGCGAAGCAGCCGUCACCAAAUGAAAUAACCCCGUCAAGACCUAUUUGGGAAACUGCCAUCAGAGCUAUUGAUUCUGAAAAUAUCGAUGUGGCGAUACACUUGCUUAUUGCUGGAAGAACCAUCAUCGGCCUGGAGCCCAUAUAUAUGAUUAAGGGUACAAGUAUGCCCGUGACCGUGAAAAAAUUCAACGACAGGUUCGAAUUACUGUCCAGGUCGAUCACUGAUGUCGCCACAAGACUGGCAGAUUUCCAUCCGAAGCAGCUUAGCGUCUUAUUCAAACAGCCAACUGCAGCGAGCGCAAUCAUCUCUUUGCUAUUCUCGUCUACUGAGGACACUCGUAGCGCUGCUAUCGAGCUGCUUAAAGUCAUGAGCUCUCAGGAUGAGCGUCGGGAUGCCCUUCAAUACGUCUUGCGUUUACACUACAAAUUCGGCUUAAUAGGCAUCGCAGACUCCUCCAAUGCCGUGAAGCGCAAGAGGACUUUCGCAGCCGCCCCAAGUAUGAUGCGAACCUGUACAGAUAUCAUCGAUGUGAUGUGUCAUCCCCAAGAUGGCAUACUACGAUCUCGUCAGCUCGACUCUAGCGAAGCUCUCGUGACACUGAAUGUGUGGAAAAGCUUGUGGGAUGCUCUCACAAUCUGUUUCGGCACAACCGAAGCAUGGAGUAAUCUCGGGGUUCACGACAAGGAAGCAAUGAUGAACUUCUGUCGUGAUGUGAUGCAAUUCGCCGACAACCUUUUUGAUCAGUGCAGCAUAUUUGCCUCCGCACUGGCCAGCUCAAACAAGGACGACGGCACGAACGAUCGUUCGGACAACCUGAAGAAGUUACUCGAAGAGCCUGCUAGAACCAUGGACGAAUUGAGUAAAUGGCUACGUUUGAGGGAUGAAUAUCUGUCCACGAAAUCUGUCACGCUCAUCAGUAAACUCUUGAUUCGACUACGCGACGUUAAAAUCGAAAUACAAGCGGACACAUUAACUUUCAUGGAGAAAGUCUUAUCUGGCGUUGUCAAGGCUAGACUCAGCUUGCAGCAACAAGCUGAAUUGCAACGCGCGCUUGAAAUCCAUCUUGGCCGUCCCCUUGUUAAAGACGAGGAGCAACCUAGCAAGGAACAUCGUCAAGGCUCACUUUCCGAAUGGAUGUCGGCUGGUACUUCUAAGGGUGUCACAAAAGAUCUAGCCAGUCGUCCAGACCGCUCCACAUCAUCCACAUCCACAAUGUCACGUAUGAAGGAAAGCCGUGAAUUAGCCAAAAUCAAAGAAGCACAAGCUGCCAAAGCAGCUAAGCUAGAAGAAAACAAGAAUGCUGCUCAAAACGAAUUCAAAAGGAAGCGACAGCAAGAAUUGGAGCGGCAAAAGAAGGAGAAAGAAGCUGCAAUCGCCAAGGCAAGAAAAGCGAGAGGGCUGACCUCCGUCACAUCUGAAGCUGGCUCCGGAUUAGAUGGUAUAGGUAUCUUGGGCAAGGAUCAAGCACGAAAAGGAGAGGGUUUGAUGCAUUCUUCGGAUGAAUCUGAUGACGACGAGGGUGAUUUUGACGAAGAACUAUUCGGUGUCUCCAGACCAAAAUUCAAGGACGGCCCCAAAACCAACAUCGUCAACGAGAUCAAGAUACAAAUGCCAGUGAGGAAACGGAAAAUUCAACGAUCUUUCAAGGAUAUGCGAGCGCGACUCAUCCCUGAUCUCUCUUUUCUACACAAGACUAUUCUCGGGUGGGAUUACUUCCACGACGGCGAUUUCCCACCCAAGUCUAGGGGCGGUUAUGCUACUGUCCUCGACAAGUUCCAGUCUCCACAGGACUACCAGGCAACUUUCAAGCCUCUGCUCACUUUAGAAGCAUGGCAGGGGUUCGUGAAAGCUAGAGAAGAGAACCAGGGACGGCCGUAUGAUGUACGGAUUAUAACUCGAUCUAAUGUUGAUGCUUUCUUGGAAGUCAGCAGUACCAUGACGCAGAAAGAUUUCAAAGAUGCGCAAGUCUCAGAAGGCGAUGUGAUUUUACUUCACAAGUCCAGAGAUCCGUCUGCUAAGGAUCCGCAUUGCCUAGCUCGAGUCUAUCGUGUUCAGCGGAAGAAGGCCCACGUCGAGAUGAACUAUCGAGUCGUACCCGGAAAUCCUCUGGUUCAGUCUCUGGCUCCCAACUCGUCAGUGUUCGGCACGAAAAUCCAAUCAUUGACACCCCUGGAGCGUGAAUAUGGGGCGUUGGAGGGCUUGCAAUAUUACGACCUGUGUGACGAAAUCAUUAACGCCAAACCUUCACCACUUUUGACAUACAAAGAGAAGGACACUGACCCAUUGAUUAGAAAUUAUAACCUCAACCAGGCACAGGCUAAAGCCGUCAAGUCCGCUGUUGAUAAUGACGCCUUUACGCUUAUCCAAGGACCACCUGGGUCGGGAAAGACCAAAACAAUAGUUGCCAUCGUAGGCGCUGUCUUGUCUGACAGUCUCAGCAAUCGCGGCUCUGCUAUCCCGAUUGCAGGACAAGCAAGGUCUAAUACCGCGACCAAGAAACUACUCGUCUGCGCCCCCAGUAAUGCUGCCGUAGACGAACUUGUCAUGCGAUUCAAGAAUGGCGUCAAGACCCUGAGAGGCGACGAGAAACAGCUUAAUAUCGUGCGCUUGGGACGUGGCGAUAAUAUCAACACAAACGUGCAAGACGUCACUCUGGAUAGACUUGUUGACAAGAGGCUAGGGGUUGGAAACUCAAAUGAGAAGGAUGUAGAAGCGACCCGUAAACUUUUUGCUGACCAUAAGCAAAUAUCAGAGCAACUCCGACUAGCACAAGAUCAGAUGGCUACUGGCGAAGUCAAAGGACCGGAUGCUUCCAAGCUCCAAGAGGACAUAGUCGCUCUCCGGCGACAAAAGGCUUUGUUAGGAACCAAAAUCGACAAUACCAAGGACGCCGAGAGGACAGCAGAUCGUACUGCGGAAAUGAAUCGCCGACGUGCUCAACAACAAAUUCUGGAAGACGCGCACAUUGUAUGUGCCACGCUAAGCGGCAGCGGCCACGAGAUGUUCCAGGGUAUGAACAUAGAGUUCGAAACCGUGGUUGUUGACGAGGCUGCCCAGUGUGUGGAAAUGAGUGCACUGAUCCCUCUCAAGUACGGAUGUUCAAAGUGUAUCCUUGUCGGUGAUCCGAAACAGUUGCCUCCGACUGUAUUCUCCAAAGAGGCAGCAAAGUUCCAGUACGAACAGAGCUUGUUUGUCCGUAUGCAAAAAAAUCACCCAAACGACGUACAUCUUUUGGAUACACAGUACCGUAUGCACCCGGAAAUAAGUCUAUUCCCAAGCCAGACCUUCUAUGAUGGCAGGUUGUUAGACGGAGGCGAUAUGGCAGGUUUACGCAAACAACCCUGGCACAAGAGCUUGUUGCUCGGCCCUUAUCGUUUCUUCGAUGUGCAAGGCCAGCAUCAAUCCGCAGGUCACUCGUUGGUCAACAUUGCUGAGAUCAAUAUUGCGCUACAACUAUAUCGACGUCUCACGAACGACUUCCCAUCAUUUAAUUUCCGCAAUAAGAUUGGCAUUAUUACUCCAUAUAAAUCUCAACUUCGAGAGUUGAGAAAUCGCUUCACCGACCAAUUCGGCGCCUCGAUCCUUGAUGACAUCGAUUUCAACACCACCGAUGCUUUCCAGGGUCGUGAAAGCGAGAUUAUUAUCUUCUCAUGCGUGCGUGCCAGUCCUGCUGGGGGCAUCGGUUUCCUGCAAGAUAUUCGUCGUAUGAACGUCGGUCUUACACGUGCCAAAUCUUCCCUUUUCGUCCUUGGCAACUCCCAGUCUCUCAUUCGAGGGCAGUUCUGGCGUAAGUUGGUGGACGAUGCGAAGAAACGCGACCGCUAUACUGGAGGCGACGUGAGUAGUAUGUUGAGACAGCAUUCUAGCAAGUUUCCGGCUCCGCCAGGCAUGUUCGAUGUGCAGACUACGCCCGCGCAGCCGCUCAUCAAGCAGGAACUCAAAGCAGAGAGCAUGAGCCGAUCAGACAGCAACCAAUCGUCUUAUUCUAGUGACCAAAUCGGCAAUGUCACGAAACAAGAGGUCAAAUUAGAGAUCAAAAAAGAGAUCAAAAUCGAGCCCAUGGAGGAUACGCGGUUCGCCAACGGUCACGGAAAACGCAAACAGAGCGAUAGCUCGGAUGACGUCGAGAUGGACGACGCUAGCUCCGAGGCAGCUUCCAAGAGCGGAACAUCCACGCCCGUCCAGCUGGGUGAUGGGGCUAAGAAGGAUCAACAACCUGCUUCUACUGUACCCAAUAUCCUUGGAGGCACCUCAAAGCCGAUCAUCAGGAGGAGACCCAAAGGCAACGAUCCCCUCAUGGCGCCGCGCAAGAGACCUAGAAAAUGA